CGGUGGCGGCAGUGGUGGGCUCCGUCUCCUCCUCCUCCUCCCCCUCCUCCAGCGCGGAAGGCGGCCGGCAGAGGCUGAGGGAGCGAGCGCGUCGAAGGGCGGAGGGGGCAGCGGCCUGGCGGGCGACAAAGCAGCCGCCGCACGCGGAGGAGGAGGAGAGGAAGGCAGCGGCGGGCGUCGUCUGUCUGUCCAUCUGAGGGGCUACGUGAGAGCAGCCGGCGAGUGGGCGGGGCCUCGCGCUUACAUCCGCCGCCGCCGCCGCUCCGGUGGAGAUUCCCCUGCCCUCGUCGUCCUCCGCCUCUCCCCCUCUCCCUUCCCGUGGGCAGGCGGGAAUGGCGGUGCUGGAUCUGGCCCUGGAGGGACUCGCCAUCUUCGGGCUUAUUCUUUUCCUGGUGCUGUGGCUCAUGCACUUCAUGUCCAUCAUAUACACGCAUCUACACCUCAGCAAGAAAGCAACAGAUAAACAGCCAUAUAGCAAGCUUCCAGGAGUUUCGCUUCUGAAGCCCUUGAAAGGUGUUGAUCCAAACCUCAUCAACAACUUGGAGACCUUCUUUGAAUUGGAUUAUCCAAAAUAUGAAGUGCUCCUUUGUGUUCAAGAUCAUGAUGAUCCUGCCAUUGAUGUGUGCAAAAAGCUCCUUGGCAAAUAUCCUAAUAUUGAUGCAAGACUAUUUAUAGGUGGUAAAAAGGUUGGAAUAAAUCCAAAGAUCAACAAUUUAAUGCCAGCAUAUGAAGUUGCUAAGUAUGACCUCAUAUGGAUCUGCGAUAGUGGCAUUAGAGUAACUCCAGAUACACUAACUGAUAUGGCCAACCAAAUGACAGAAAAGAUUGGAUUGGUUCAUGGCCUGCCGUAUGUAGCAGAUAGACAAGGUUUUGCUGCCACACUAGAACAGGUAUAUUUUGGCACUUCCCAUCCAAGGACAUACAUUUCUGCCCAUGUAACUGGUUUCAAAUGUGUAACAGGAAUGUCUUGUUUGAUGAGAAAAGAUGUCCUCGAUCAAGCUGGAGGACUUAUUGCUUUUGCACAGUACAUUGCUGAGGAUUACUUUAUGGCUAAAGCAAUAGCUGACAGAGGCUGGAAGUUUGCAAUGGCCACACAAGUUGCAAUGCAAAAUUCUGGCUCCUAUUCAAUUUCCCAGUUUCAAUCCAGAAUGAUCAGGUGGGCCAAACUACGGAUCAACAUGCUUCCAGCCACAAUAAUCUGUGAGCCGAUCUCGGAAUGCUUUGUUGCAAGUUUAAUUAUUGGAUGGGCAGUUCACCAUGUGUUCAGAUGGGAUAUAAUGGUGUUUUUUAUGUGUCAUUGUUUGGCAUGGUUUAUCUUUGACUACAUUCAACUCCGGGGUGUCCAGGGUGGUGUGCUGUGUUUUUCAAAACUUGACUAUGCAGUUGCAUGGUUCAUCAGAGAGUCCAUGACGAUAUACAUUUUCCUUUCGGCCCUGUGGGAUCCCACAAUUAGUUGGAGGACAGGACGCUACAGGUUACGCUGUGGAGGCACUGCAGAAGAGAUCCUUGAUGUAUAGCCACAGCUUUGUGACUGUGUAUUUCAUGAAAAGACAAAGGAGAAAAAAAAGAAAGUAUUAUAAAUUAUGUUUAUAUAAAUGCUUUUAAAAAAUCUACCUUCAAUAGUUUUAUUACCUGUAUGUUUUCGUAUCUGUUCUUUAAUUUAUUUUGCAUGGCACUUGCAUCUGUGAAAAAGUACAUCUGUAGUCUUGGCCAAAUGGUACCUUGUUUUUAUAUACAAAAUCAAAUCAAGAGAAUUGGUUCCAGGAUUCAUAUUCCUUAGGAAUGUUCUGCAGCAAGCUCUAAAGACAGUAUCUUUUAGUAUAGUAAAAGCUACUCUCUGUUAAUCAAAGGACAUAAUCCACUGGGAAUAACUUCUGUGCAGGUCCAUUGGAAAUAAAUCAGAGUUGUGAAAGCACAGCUAUGCAUUUGUCCCAAAUGGCCCUCUGUCACUGGAUUUACACUGUUCAAAGGUUAACAACAUUUUUAUACAAGUGCAGCUUUGGAAAGCACAAGUGGUGGGGCACAAGGAGAGAAGCUUUUUAGAUGAUCUAUGCCUACCUCUUGUUGCUGCAGAGCAAAUAUAAAUAGGUAACUAGGCCUUGCAAAAAGCAAAAGCUGGAAAUUUAUAUCUAUGUGUGGACAUAUAGAUUGAUUUUGGUCUCGCUGCAAGGAGCCCAAACUUGGAUGUGGUAGGUGGGAAGAAUUAAGUUAGCUAUGCCUAGAGGGCAUCUUUUGGCCAACUCUAACUGGUUCUGUCUUGAACCAUUUUUAAUCACUGUGCUGUAAUUAGCCUAGCUAAUCUUCUCCAUCAUUCCCAUCUUGACUUUUUUAAAAGGGGUAUUUUUUGUUUCUGCGUGAGUGAAUGUUUGAUAGUUAUGGGGAGGGGAAAUGCAUUUCAGAAACAUUUCACAUAUGAGCUAUUUUCUUACUCACUGUCUUCUUAAGAAUGUAACUUCAUGAUGCAGGCAUUUAUUAUCUUUUUUAAGUGGGCAUAGGUCUCUCUCUAUACACUAGUCAUCCUUAAAUAUUUGAAAUUGUAAUAGAUACUUGUCAGUAUAUUAAAGGGCAAGAUGAGUUGGCUGUUACUGAUACGAAAUUGUAAGCUUUAACUAUCAAAAUAGGUCUACUUCUUGCUUUUUCCUUUAUUUAAUCUGGUCUCCUAAUUGGGUUUUUGUAUUCAAGUUGUGAAGAGAAAAAGGACUAGAUUAUAAAUAAGUUGUAAAUGCAUGCUGUUUCUUACCCUGUAUCUCUGUCUCCUUAAUAGCUUAUUCUCCAACCCAACUGUAGGAUCACUCUUAACAUGGUGAACUGGACUUGUUUAAAACUGAUGCUGAUCACAAAGCAAAAUUGAGAGGGAUGCUGCAUAAGCCUUUUGUUUUCUUUUAUAAUUGUAUUUAUGCUGCUUUUUCUUCCAAAUGGCCAUGGCAUGUUGUCACCACUGAAGGUCAUUAAUGAAUGCAUUGCCAAUAUGGCAGCUUUAAAUCCAAGGUUAUGACACUUCUGUGAUGAAGAACUUAAUCUCAUAAUUAUUGAGUUAUUUGUAGAAGUGGACUUUUUCAAAUUUACUGAGCCAGUCCAUUUAAUUGGUAUACACACAAAUUAAUGUAAUAGUGUGCAUUUGUGCACACACACAUUUUGUGUGUACACAAAACCUAUGAAACAUUCCCCAGACUUGACAUCCCACAAUCUCUUUGUUUGCCUUAUGACAUGACAGAAUUUGUUUUGAAGGGCAACUUUCAUCAUGAACAGAGGCUUGUAAUGCGUGUUCCAUUCUUUACAUGUGAAUCAGGAAGAACUGCUUCCUGAGGAAGGUUGUAUGCUGCAAACCAGUCUGGUAAUGACCCACUUAAGUUAUGUUGUAUCAUCUUCAUUGUUAUCCCUUUUAUCUAGUUAAAUUUUCCGUUGUGUUUGUAUUUUAUUUGUUUUGUGAAGUUUGGUUGAUGCCAUCCAUUGCACUGCUGAAGUGAUGCUUAGCUGGUUUGGCUGGAUGCUAAUCACCAUGUGGGCAGUGUAGCACAAAAACCAAAAAGGCUGGACAGACUUCAGUGUGUUUGUGAGUGAGUGAGUGUGUGUGUGUGUGUGUGUGGGCAUGCAUGUGCAUGCACACAUUCUACCUAUGAAGAAUUGUGUUUUGUGCAUGUGUGCGCAUAAGUGUGCACAUGUGCACGCACAUGUGGGCAUUAGUGAAAACUUUUAUCAUUUAAAGAAAACUGAUGCUUCACUUAUAUGAGCAACUUGAUUUCGCCUAUAAGAAAUCCGGGUUGAUUAUGAAAUGAAAAUUGAUACUUUGAAGAAAUUGUAGGUGGGCACUGUGAUAGAACAGAGCAAAAGUUCAAAAUAGCUAAUUUAAAAAUGUCUGUCAACAUGUUAAGAAUACCAAUGUUUGUUUAAAAUUAUUGUCUUGUUUAAAAAUAAAUUUUGAAUACAAUCA